AUGUAUCCAUUUGUUGGAGGAUUGUGUUUCACUUCAUUCGUUGAAUUCUUGUUUGCUCUUCGAGUUACCAGCUUGGCCUAUGUUAGAGAAAUGGGUAAGAGACUUGAAUAUGAAAUGAAUGAUUCUUUGAAGGGUGUAAAUCUUGUUGUCAUGCCUGCUGGUGUUCCAAGGAAGCCAGGAAUGACAUGUGAUGACCUAUUUAACAUUAAUACCGACACAGUUAAAACUUUAGUCGAGGUUGUAGCUGCCCGGAUGCCUUCAUUCACAUUAUUAGCAAUCCAGUCAACUCCACAGUGUCAAUUGCAGCUGAAAAGUGCAAGAGCUAAUUGUGAGGAUUCAGAAUCUGGGACUGAAGUUGUCGAGGCAAAGGCUGGAGCAGGGUCUGCCACUCUUUCAGUGGCAUAUGCUGCAGCAUGCUUUGUUGAGUCUUCACUCUGCGCACUUCAUGGAGAUAGUGAUGUCAAUGAAUGCUGUUAUGUCCAGUCUGACCUGACUUACCUUCCAUUCUUUGCAUCCAGAGUUAAGCUUGGAAAGCAUGGGGUUGAGGCAUUGAUUACAUUGGACCUUCAAGGAUUAACCGAGUAUGAACAGAAGGCUUUGGAAGCUCUCGAGCAGAGCUUAAGGCCAGCAUUGAGAAGGGCAUAG